CGUAUAUUGGUUUUUUUUUUCAAAUCUUUUAUUUUUGUUCUGUGAAAGAAUGGCGUUCAAAGUUUGUUUGAGUUGCAUUUUUGCGUCUCUGCUGAGUGUCUGUGUCGUCGCUCAGCCGGCUGCACGUGCCGUAGACUUGGCGUAUACGGAAAUUACACCCGUGACCGAUGCGACGCGUUACACGGCGCUCAACCCGAACGUGCAGCUCACGGCAUUCACAAAGGUGAAGCACGUGAAGGGGAAUAUUGUGUUUAGCGCCGGCGAACGGAUUACUGGUGAUCAUCUUAUGUUCAAUCACUAUGAUGAUAAAACCUUCACCAAACUCACAGACAUCGAGGUUCAAAUGACCUACCCGGCUAGUGGCAAUACUGGACUUACCCUAACCGCCAUCGAGAUCUAUGUGGACCUGUCUGCAGACGAUGCCAAUGCCUAUUUCAUAGACGGCGGCAUCGACCAGAAGUACGCCAAAAUAUUGCUCACUUGCGACCAGACGCGUACGUUCGUCUACGAGACCUUCUUCUAUGGCUACUAGCUAGGCAGUAAACACUCCAUAAAGUGAAACAACUACAGCAAUAAAACUCAAGGAGCUGAAAGCUCAAAACGCAAUCAAUGCCACCAAAA